UCCAGAACUAUGUUUCCAUACAUAUAAAUAGAGGACUAAACAACACAACCAUUACAAAUAGACACAACAGUUCCUAACCAACACAUCUGUUGGAAACUGUCAUAAAACUGCCUGUAACUGCCUAACUGCCUGCCCUUUUUUUACUUAUUUAUUUUUAAAUUUAAACUAUAUUCUGGACUGGAAUUAACCAACAAAUACAAGUUUCUUUCCUUAGGCGUAUCAGUGUGUCUUUCAAACUUUUUUUUGCAUGGGUAAGGUUGCAUACAUAUUGACCCCUUAGACCCCAACAGACUUUGGGUUGUAGUCCAUGCAUGUAUGCCUUCUCAUUCAACUUUUCUAUUAAGCAAAAAAUUUCUUUUUUGAAAAUACUUCCUUUUUAUCUAUUAAAAUGACUUUUGUUUCCCUGAAUGUAGAUAAACAUAUCGCAGUGUAAUCGAAUACUUAUUUGUAGGUCAUGUCUGGAUGAAAAUGAGGCAUUUUUGACGACUGCAGACUCAGCUGUCAAGCUACUUCCAGAGGCUACAAAGCCUGUGACCGGAUGGAAAGGUCUUCAGUAUAGGCUAGCAUUUCCAGCUAUAAAACCACCUGGUGCCAAUUUUUAUCCACAAGAUAUGGAUAAAAUGGAAUUUUCAUUGUGGAGAGAGAGUCUCCCGGAUGAUCAAAAGAAAGAAGCAAUGGGAUUCUUUAAUGUAAUCAAAAGGCAUAGUGAAUCUGAGCUGGAUAUUCCAAAAUCUCAAAAUACAUCAAACCCAACCUCCUCUCAUGACCUAUAUAUUGUUCCUUAUUGUGAAGAAUACAACUCUCUUCUUGUUGAAGCUGCCAAGUUACUACAUGAAGCAGGAAAUGUUACGAGCUCACAUAGUUUGGGAAGACUUUUACACAGCAAAGCUGAUGCCUUCCUUUCCAAUGAUUACUACGACUCGGACAUUGCCUGGAUGGAGUUGGACUCUAAGUUUGAUGUAACCAUUGGUCCAUAUGAAACCUAUGAAGAUGCACUUUUUGGAUAUAAGGCUAGCUUUGAGGCAUUUAUUGGAGUCCGAGAUGACAAAGCAACAGCUCAAGUAAAGCUGUUUGGUGACCAUUUGCAGGUUUUGGAAAAGAACCUUCCAAUGGAUGAUAUUUAUAAGUCAGAAGAUGUGACGUCUGCUCCUAUUCGGGUCAUCCAACUUCUUUACAAUUCAGGGAAUGUGGAAGGCCCGCAAACAGUUGCGUUCAAUCUUCCAAAUGAUGAAACAAUAGUGAAGGAUAGAGGAACGUCAAUGGUUUUGCUUAAGAAUGUUUCCGAGGCGAAGUUUAAACUCAUUCUCCAGCCAAUAGCUGAUGUGUGUGUUAGCAAAGAACUUCGGAAUCUUGUGGAUUUUGAAUCCUUCUUUACUCACACAAUAUGUCAUGAGUGCUGCCAUGGCAUUGGCCCUCAUACCAUCAAACUCCCAAAUGGGAAGACAUCAACUGUAAGAUUGGAGCUUGAAGAGCUCCAUUCAGCAAUGGAAGAAGCUAAAGCAGAUAUAGUCGGACUGUGGGCCCUAAAAUUCCUAAUUGAUGAGGAUUUGCUUCCAAAGAGCCUACUGAAAUCAAUGUACGUCUCCUUUCUUGCUGGAUGCUUCCGCUCUGUGCGCUUUGGGUUAGAGGAAGCCCAUGGAAAAGGCCAAGCGCUUCAGUUCAACUAUAUGUUUGAGAAAGGGGCUUUUGUUUUUCAACCCGAGGAUGAGACUUUCUCCGUCAACUUCAAUAAGGUUGAGAGUGUGGUUGAGAGCUUGAGCAGGGAAAUUCUUACCAUACAAGCUAGAGGUGAUAAGGAUGGUGCGAGAAUGCUUCUGCAAAAAUAUGGUGUUAUGACUCCACCAUUGCAAAGAGCACUCGAAAAGCUGGAAACGGUUCAGGUUCCAGUGGACAUAGUUCCUGAAUUUCCUAUUGCUGACCAAAUCUUAUGUGAAAGCCAUUGAAUACUCAAAGAAAGAAAUAAAGCAGGUCAUGUUAUUGAAGUACACAUACGAGUAGGAUUGUAAACAAAAUGAAUAAUGUCGAUUCGAUUCGUGAUUCGUACUUAAAAAAGAAUAAGAAUAUACAUGGUUAUUACUAUUUGUUACAUUUUCAAAUAAAAAUAUGUAUCUAUUCAAUUCGACAAGUUUUAAAUAUAUUUGAAUACAGUUUUACAAAUAAUUAAAUAGUAACUUUUUUG